UUUGCCAAUUAUUUGUUUUAAUUAGUGUUUUCAAACUUUUAAAAUUUUUAUUCUAAGUUUUUUCUUUAUCUCAUUACAAUGGCUUUGGAUGCACAAUUUCAUGUUCUUGCGGUUGAUGAUAGCAUCAUUGAUCGAAAAUUGAUUGAAAGACUCCUCAAAUCAUCUUCAUUUGAAGUGACAGUGGUAGAUUCAGGCAAUAAAGCUCUGGAAUUUCUGGGUUUGCAAGAAGAGACUAACAAUGAUCAUCAUGAUAUUGAGAUUAAUUUGAUCAUAACUGAUUACUGCAUGCCUGGGAUUACUGGUUAUGAUCUGCUCAAGAAAAUCAAGGAAUCAAAAAAUCUGAAAGACAUUCCAGUGGUGAUCAUGUCUUCUGAGAAUAUUCCUGCAAGAAUUAACAGGUGUUUGGAAGAAGGAGCAGAAGAAUUUUUUCUAAAACCUGUUCAAUUAGCUGAUGUUGACAAACUUAAACCACAUAUCACAAGGUGCAAAUCUAAGGAACGUGACUACAACAUUAACAAGAGAAAGAGAAACGAUGAUUGUGUUUCUCCAAACAAGUCAAGGAUGAAAAUGACUAAUAAUGAUCAUGAAUUACCUUCUUUCGUUUUAAUAUGAAGCACUAUGUAGAUUAUCGAUCUCUACUUAUCUAUCAUAGUUUAGCUGUCACAUUACUAGUUUAUUACAUAUUCACCACGACAGUUGAUUUCGAACAAAGAAAUAACUUUUUACUUUGAAAAUAUAAAUCAUCUUUGGAUAGAUCUAAAUUGAUUAAUUUAUUUAAUUUUUCAUGUAAGGAAAUCUUUUAAUUAGGCUUUAAGCGAAAGAGAUAAAAUAUUAUGAGAUCUUUGGGUCGAUGAAGGCGUAAUUAGAUUGCGGCACAUACAUGUAAUACUUGUAUAGAGCUACUUAGCUGGAUCAAUGUACAAAUUACACAAUUCUUGCAAGCUUAAUG